AUGCCUCCUCCUCGUCCACCAGAGGUAGAUCCUCUCCUGCCAGAGCUGCUGCCACCACCAGAACUCUGGCCACCUCCAGAGCUCAAGCCUCCACCAGCUGAUCUUCCUUCUCCUCCACAAAUAGACCCACCACCACCAGAAGCUCUGGCCACCUCCAGAGCUUCCUCCUCCUCCAUGCCCAGAGCCUCCUCCUCCUCCACAAAUUGA